UCGUCUAAUUAACAAGGUUUGUGACUGAAAACUACCCAUUACUUCCAGGCAAAACUAUCAACAAAGCCAACUGAAAACGCUGAUAUAAACAAACAUUUGAUUUGUUCUUCCAUCAUCACAAAAAUUGUACACAGAACACAAGCAAAGCAAGCAAUUGGAGCAAAAGUAGCAAACCAACAUAAAAAAGUAGAGUGUGUGUGAAAAAUGGAGCAAUUGAAAUGCGGUGAAGUGUACCGCGAUUUAGACGGAAAUUUUAAUUAUGUAUGCAACUGUUGUUCAUUUGAAUUUUUAUCGGCGUCCGAUUUUGAGGAGCAUAUCAUUAUUCAUUGUACACUGAGUUCGUCUAUACUGAAAGAAGAAAAAUUAAUUGAAAUUUCGAACGAUGUAAAGCCAAAGUAUUCCAUUGAAAUUGAACCGGUACUGAAUCAUGAGAUUGACAUCGGGCCAGAUGAAGACGAUGAAGAUAUGGACGAAGAAGAAGAAGAGGAGGACGAAGAAGAGGAUAUCGAUGAAGAUGCAACAUUUGAAGAAACUGAAUUUAUCAUUGAACCCGAAACAACCAUACAAGAAAUUUUAAAUGAGUUGGCCGAUGAUUCGAUAUUCAAAUGUGAUUGUUGUGAUAAAACGUAUGCAUGCCGUGGUCUUCGACAACAGCACAUUCAUAAUUACAGUGAUGAGACAAAAUCAUGCAAACUUUGUCCAGCUUACUAUGAAAAAGAUGCCGAAUUGAAUGCACACAAAAAAAUUCAUAAUUUAGCCAAUACGCUCGAGUGUCCGCAUUGUUUGGAAAUGUUUGCAUCGGUGAAUAAACUAAAACGGCAUUUAACAUCGAGCAAAACUGAAAUGGGCAUACCGACGGCGCGACGUCCGAGAAAAGUUGCAUUGAAAAAGAGCCACGAUUCAAGCCACGAUUCACUUGAAUUUGAUGACAAUAAAAUUAUGGAGGAUGGUGUUGAUGAUGAUUUUUUCGUGGAAGUGGAGACGGGCGAUAAAAAACGACAAAAAUUCGUGUGCAAAAUAUGCCAAAAAGAAUAUUCGUAUUUGCAUUAUCUGAAAAAGCAUUUAAAACGUCAUGUCGACAAUACAUUGAAUCAUAAAUGCAAUAUAUGCGGACAUGAAUUUAAAUUACGACAAAAUUUGACCGCUCACAUGCGCACACAUACGGGUGAAAAACCAUUUAAAUGCAGAUUGUGUGGGAAAGCAUUCAACCAACCAUAUUAUAUGACAAUACACAUGCGAAUACAUCAAAAGGAGAAACCAUUUCAAUGUACAUUAUGCGGUGUAUCGUUUGUAACAUCAAGCCAUUUGGGACGGCAUAUGAAGAGCCACAACAACAUCAAACCGCACAAAUGUACAUUUUGUGAUCGUGCAUUCAUUUUACCCGGCCAUCUACAAGAUCACAUACGGUCACAACACACGCACGAACGACCAUUCCCUUGUGACGUAUGCGGUAAUACAUUUUCACGGCGAAAAUUGUUGCGCCAACAUAAGCAACUGCAUGGCGAAAAGCGAUUCAAAUGCAAAUAUUGUGAUCAAGCAUUUUCACAAUCGGCCGGUCGACGUGGCCACGAGAUUCGAGUGCAUAAUGCACCAAACAAACCAUCGACCAAUUUGGAUUGAUUCACACCCUCGCUCACUUAAAUCGAAUUCUUAAAUUUAAAUUACUUUCCAUUGUUGUGCUGGAAAGCUGGAGAGAUAAAAAUUAAAGCUAAUUGAAAAAAAAAACACCGAAUUCAAA